UCGUUUCACAGUCUGGAGAGAUUGCUCAGUGGUCUGAAUGCGGGUCCUUUCCGUAUUUCAAAUACGGAAUUUAGAGAAGCUUGGCUCAAAAGUAACGUCCUUGGCUAAAUAUUUUAAGAUAUGUCAGGCGCUGCAAGGAGAGUGACUGGCCUGACGGGUCUGAAGGUUGUUGAGGAGCCACAUAAGAAACUUGUAAAUCUGUAUGAAAGGACAUUACGAGUACUUGGCAAGAUGCCAGCGGAUGCUAGUUACAGAGUGAACACUCAGGCUAUCAUCAAACAACGGUUACAGCUUGUACAGUCAGAGAGUGAUAUAGCCACCCUAGAGAGAAAAAUCAACAAUGGCAGGAUUGAAGAAAUAAUACGACAGGCAGAAAGAGAACUUCAUUUAGCAAGAAAUUUUGUACAGUAUAAACCUUGGGAGCCAUUGAUUGCAGAGGCUCCAAAAGGACAAUUCCAGUGGCCACCUUGUUAAUGGAUUGUUACAUUUUAGUACAUAGUAAUUUGUUUUGAAUUUGUGUAACACAGUGAAUAAGGUAGAUUUGGAAAUAAUACUGUAUUGUAAUGAUAAGACAAGUAAGAAGAAUUUAUUGGUUAUGAACAAGUGAAAUAAGGGAGAGAAAAAACAUUUUUCAUUUGUUGUAAAUGUAUUAAAAUAUGCUAAAAUUUGUUUACAAAUAAAUGAUGAAAUAAAA